CCGCCACUAUAAAAGCGGCCGAUCCCCCUCCUGGACAUCAUUCACAGUGGACACACUCACCGUCCACAAGAGGGUUUUGAUUUUCAUUCAGUGUGCAACACGGCGUGGUUUACAAAGUGAAAUAUGCGAAUUUUAGUGCUCUUCGGAAUCGUACUGCCAGCUGCUCUGGCUCAGGUGACAGACUCAGACGGUGACACUGGGCCGGAUCCGAGGAAGAUCUACGAUUUCACGUACCAGGCUCCGACGUCCGGACAGAGAGUGGCAUCAGACAUCAAUGGCGACGUUCGAGGAAGAUAUUUCUAUACCGAUGAUAUGGGAAUUCAGAGAACUGUUGAUUACACGGCGGGAAAAACGACAGGUUUUGUCGUAACAAGCGCAGUACCUGACCCUAACCCUGCCAACGAGGCGUCCUACUAUAGGGCGAGCAAGCCAGGAGCCGCCUACGGAACCUACGAGGGCACCAGGGGAUACCUGAGUUCAAAACUGAACGGAGAUGGCUCGUACAAUUUCAAACUGAGCUCCCCUCACCAAAGCCGCUCGGAAAACAAGGACGUUUUCGGAAAAGUGCAAGGCGAAUAUAAAUUUUACGAUCAAGAGGGAAAGCUGCACUUUGUCCAGUACGAAGCGGGUCCCGAAAUCGGCUACAGGGUGAUCAACACCAACGACGGCAAGCCGACGCCAGUGGCCUCCAACACACAAAGACGCUCAGGCCGCUCAUUCAACUCUGAAGACGAGGUUCUGGAGGGAGCACAUUCCGAGUAUUACGGCUCGAAGCAUUUGAAGGAGAGUGCUGUCAAAUUGAAAUUCCACGGCCAGGAAGCCGGCGCGGAAAGUGGAGAAUCGGACAGGAUGGUGCGAAUUGCUUGGAAUCCCUUGCUGAAAAAACCAACAGGUCUUGAAGGAAAAUUAUUCCAAUAUUCUGCGGAGGAAUAUGAGCGCGCACCAUCCUCAGACGCGGUUGACUUCUUCAGCGGAGAACAGAAAGACGAGGAUUCCGAGCCAAUUAAAAGGGAAAGGAAAGUUCCUUUCAUAAUUCGAGUUCCUGACCCAGUUUUCGCCGCCUCGGAUUACCAGGUUAACCCUAUCUCGCCACUGAGCCCCAUGGAGCACUACGCCAUCAACAGCAUGAAGGAUUACAAGAAGGACGCAUAUGAACAGACUGCAUACCAGCACGAAAGGUUCAGCGGCAACGACGAUAUUGCCUUUGCUACAGAUUCGGGAUCAAGACGCUGGCAUUCAAGUUCCGGCGGAGAAGAGAGGGAAUCACUGGUCAACAAAAAUGACAUUGUUCACCUGCGGAGCCGCCUUACGCCAUACACACCUCGUCUGGCUCAGGUCAUCUCACUCGACUAACUAUCACUUCGUAUGUACGGCGAAAGUUGGAUAAAUAAAUACUCUAAUUUAUACAAA